CCACAGAGCCCAGACGGCCACACCAGCCACAGCUGACUCGCUCCAGAUCCCGCCGCCGCCGCCACCACCUGCCGCCGAGUCCCAUGGCCCCCGCCGCGCUCCCCGCCGCGCCCCGCGCUCCCCGGCUCCUGCGGACCGCGCUGCUGCUGCUGCUGCUGCUGCUGGUGGCCGCCAGCCGGCGCGCAGCAGGGGCGCCCGCGCUCACCGAGCUGCGCUGCCAGUGUCUGCAGACCGCGCAGGGCAUUCACCUCAAGAGCAUCCAGAGCGUGAAAGUGAUGUCGCCGGGCCCACACUGCGCCCAGACCGAAGUCAUAGCCGCGCUCAAGUCCGGGCAGGAAGCUUGUCUCGACCCCGCCGCCCCCAUGGUGAAGAAACUCCUGCAGAAGAUGCUCAGCAAAAGCAACACCAGCUGACCUAGAGAGAAGCAGGAAGCUUAUCCCGUAUUGAACCCGGGGACAUCCUAAAAGGAAUCAGUGACAGAAGUGAAA